CUCUCACCAUCAUCAUCAUCUUUCUCUCUAUCUCUUUCUAAACACACCCAUGGGAGUUUCUUCAUCUCCAUGGGCUCUAAUGGCUCUGUUUCUAAUGGCUACUUCAACAAUGGUGAUGGCUAUUCCUCCACGCAAGGCCAUUGAUGUACCCUUUGGCCGUAACUACGUCCCAACUUGGGCUUUUGACCACCAGAAACAGUUCAGAGGUGGUUCCGAACUUCAGCUCAUCCUCGAUAAAUACACUGGGACAGGGUUUCAAUCAAAAGGGUCAUAUUUGUUUGGACAUUUCAGUAUGCACAUAAAGCUUCCGGCUGGUGACACAGCUGGAGUCGUCACAGCAUUCUAUCUGUCAUCGACCAACAACGAGCAUGACGAGAUAGACUUCGAGUUUCUUGGGAACAGGACAGGACAACCAGCAAUAUUGCAGACGAAUGUGUUCACAGGAGGAAAAGGAAACAGAGAACAACGCAUCUAUCUCUGGUUCGAUCCAUCUAAGGCUUACCACACUUACUCCAUCCUCUGGAACAUGUACCAGAUCGUAUUCUUUGUUGACAACAUACCAAUCCGAACGUUCAAGAACUCCAAGGAUCUAGGAGUGCGUUUCCCAUUCAACCAACCGAUGAAGCUUUACUCGAGCCUUUGGAACGCAGAUGAUUGGGCCACGAGAGGCGGUUUAGAGAAAACCAAUUGGGCCAAUGCACCUUUCAUUGCAUCCUACAAAGGAUUCCACAUUGAUGGUUGCCAAGCUUCUGUGGAGGCUAAGUACUGUGCCACCCAAGGCCGCAUGUGGUGGGACCAAAAGGAAUUUCGUGACCUUGACGCUUACCAAUGGCGUCGUCUCAAAUGGGUCCGCUCGAAGUGGACCAUCUACAACUAUUGUACCGACCGGACUAGGUUCCCGGUCAUGCCAGUGGAAUGUAAAAGGGACAGAGACGCAUAAGUAUUCUCGAGGGCUUCAAUGGAUCGGGGCAUUACUAUCAUUAUUAUAUAAAUUAUUAUGCUUCUGUUCAAGUGAUUGAUGUCUUGUUUGUUGGCCCGUGAUGUUUAUGCUAUGUUUGGGCUUAAAUUAUAUGUUAUUACUUAUAAUUAUCCAUAUAUAUCUAUUGUUUAGCUACGUUUCUCAUGAGUUAUGAUUA